AUGUUAACUUUUUCUAUAAAUUUCUUGAUAAACAAAAUUAGAAAUACCAAAUUAUUUAUAGACUCAUAUAAUCCAUUUUUUUGUUUAAAUUCACCAUUUCAAUUAUUUAGAAAUAAAUUAAUAAAAAAAUUUACAACACAAAGACGAACAUUAUCAAAAAAUGAAAUUCAAAUAAUUAGAACAAAAUUAUCAAAAUCAAACAAAAACAUCGGAUCUAUACUAUUAGAUAAAUAUCAGCCUCAUGAAAAUAUCCAUAAACCUUUAUCGCAAAAACAUUUAACUUUAUCUCUUCUUCUUUCAUCUCAAGUCCAUAUAGGCCAUUCAACAUCACUUUGGAAUGUAGCAACACAUCCAUAUAUAUAUGGGGUUCGUCAAGGAAUUCAUAUAAUAAACCUGGAUACAACAAUUACUCAUCUUCGUAGAGCAUGCACAGUGGUUUCCGGUAUAGCAGCAAAAAAAGGUAUAAUUCUUUUUGUAGGGACACAAAGGAACCAAAAAGAUUGUGUAAUAAAAGCAGCAAAGAGAGCAAAUGGAUUUCAUGUUUUUGAUAGAUGGAUACCAGGAACCAUUACUAAUAGGUAUCAAGUUCUUAAACAUGGAAAAAUAAAAAAAUCUUCCAUUAUAAUAAAUGGAAAAAAAAUAACUCAAAAUGAUGAAAGAAUGUGUCAUUUUUCAACUUUACCAGAUUUAGUAAUAUGUUUAAAUCCCAUGCAAAAUAAAAUUUUACUACGCGAAUGUGCAAAAGCUCAUAUACCAACAAUUGGAAUCAUAGAUACUGAUGCAGAUCCCAAAUAUGUAACAUAUCCUAUUCCUUGUAAUGAUGAUAGUUUACGUUCUGUUGAAAUGGUUGUUGGUAUUUUAUCAUGUGCAGCAGAAAAUGCAAAAGUUAAAGAAAAUCAAAAAUAA